UCCAAGUGUAAACAAGUUAAUGAUAUUCUUUUGGUGACCUGUGUCUGUUGCGAAUUCCAAAAUUCAUUGGUUCCUCAAGCUAUCGUACCAAUUAGAAACCGUUUAAUCAUAAACUACUAUCAUAAGAAAUUGAGCAUGCACGUGAGCGACAUACCCUUCCAGAAUGGCGAUAUGUCGCUGUUUGUGUUUUCACCUGCUUCGUUCGAUGGAGAAUAUUCAGAUAAGUGGAGGAUAAAAGAGAACAUUAGCAGCGACGACCUUUUCGAAUUGACCAAACGAUUAUCGACGAGCAAUGGAAUCGACGAAUUGCGCAAUCUGCUAAAAUAUAGUAGAAAAUCACACGUUGAAAAUGUUACAGACGUCUCGGUUUUUUCGCCUUUCGAUAUGGAGAGAAAUUUGACAAUAAAAGAUCUGCUGAAAGCGUUAGAUAUCGAAGAAUUGAUGGAAACCACCAAUUUUUGUCUAGAUUUUUGCGGAAACAAACGGGACAGCCUCUCCUUAUGCUUCGGCAAUGUUGUGCACCGUUCUCGUGUCAAGGUCACAAAUGGGAUGAUGAUCGUAGGCGCGAUAACUAUGAUCCUCACCGGAAAAGAAUCCGGUCCGCACCCGGAAGUGGUUAACGUAAAUCGCAAUAGUCAGUUUGUCUGGUUGAUUUAUGACGCGCUUCAAGAAGAAAUCCUUUCUGUCGGUUCUUGUAACAGUAACAGGACGAAUUCUAAAAUUGUACCGAAGGAUGACGCAGGUCCAUCAGACAGUCCGCCAAUGAAAAAGCCGAGGCUUGUCGAGACUUCUUGAAAACAUUUUGGAAAUUCAGGAUUUGAAAAAAAAAUAGAAUCUU